AUGAUAUCAGCGACUACAGUUUUACCAUCAACGACUUCCUCUACUAUUUUACAAUCAACGACUACUACAUUCCUACCAACCACGACUACUUCUACUACAGUUUUACCAUCAACGACUACUACAUUCCUACCAACCACGACUACUUCUACUACAGUUUUACCGUCAACGACUACAACAUUCCUACCAACCACAACUACUUCUACUACAGUUUUACCAUCAACGACUACUACAUUCCUACCAACCACGACUACUUCUGCUACAGUUUUACCAUCAACGACUACUACAUUCAUACCAACCACAACUUCUACUACAGUUUUACCGUCAACGACUACUACAUUCGACCCAACCACGACGUAUUCUACUACAGUUUUAUCAUCAACGACUACUACAUACCUACCAACCACGACUUCUUCUUCUACAGUUUUACCAUCAACGACUAAUACAUUCCUACCAACCAGGACUUCUUCUUCUAUAGUUCUACCAUCAACGACUACUACAGUCCUACCAACCACGACUACUUCUACAGUUUUACCACCAACGACUACUACAUUCCUACCAACCACGACAUCUACUACUACAGUUUUACCAUCAACGACUACAACAUUCCUACCAACCACGACCACAUCUACUACAGUUUUACCAUCAACGACUACUACAUUCCUACCAACUACGACCACAUCUACUACAGUUUUACCAUCAACUACUACUACAUUCCUACCAACCACGACUUCUACUACAGCUUUACCAUCAACGACUACUACUUUCCUACCAACCACGUCUUCUUCUACUACAGUUUUACCAUCAACGACUACUACAUUCCUACCAACCACGACUACUUCUACUACAGUUUUACCAUCAACGACUACUACAUUCCUACCAACCACGACUACUUCUACUACAGUUUUACCAUCAACGACUACUACAUUACUACCAACCACGACUACUUCUACUACAGUUUCACCAUCAACGACAACUACAUUCCUACCAACCACAACUACUUCUACUACAGUGUUACCAUCAACCACUAUUACAUUCCUACCAACCACAACUACUUCUACUACAGUUUUACCAUCAACGACUACUACAUUCCUACCAACCACUACUACUAUAACAAUCCUUCCAACCACGACAAUUGUUUAUCAACCAACAACGACAACUGUUUACCAACAAAUUACUACACAUUUUUUUCCAACCAACAACAACUUUUAUCAAACAGGUAGUACUACAAUGUUUGUUGACGGUGUGGUAAGGGUAUAG